CAGAAAUCGUCCGGACUGGACUGGAGGCGACCCUGACGAGAGAGUUGUUGCCUUGCCAAUUCGCGUCCUUUUUCAGACCCUUGUCCGUCAGUGUCUUUUGGCCGUGUCAGUAAAAACUGCGGCAUUCGUAGCGCAACCGGCUAAAAGCCGAACAUCAACAAAUCAGACCAAAAAGGGGCGUCUUCUCGAGUUCUCGAUUAUCGACACUGUCCCUCAGGACAAAGCAGCAGUGCCCUGCGGAGGUAUAAUAUAAGGUAUAUGCGAUGGCCUGAGUGUGGGCCUGCGCGGAGGCAGUAGCUUGGCCGGCCAGCGGAUCGAAGUCGGCGGCACGAUUGCCCGGCGGCGCAGCAGCCACAAUGGCCUCUUCUGCAGGCUGGCUCGACACAGGCUGAGCUUCUUCGUCGGCGCCCUGCUCGUCUCCUGCGCCCUCCUCUACUACUCCAUCUUCAUCCGCGAUGAGGCUGACCCGAACAAUUUGCUGGGUUUCAACCACCGGGAGGCGCGUCUGGCCGAGCGGGUGCGUGAGAUGGAGGAGCAGAACCAGUUGCUGCGGCGCCAGUUGAGCUUCUCGCAGAGCCAGCUCAUAUCCGCCAUGUCCGAGACGCGCCGCAACGACUCGGCGCCCGUCGCCGCCGCGGCAGCGGCCGCAGACGCCAUCACCGCGUACGGCAGCAACGGCGCCGCCGAGGACAAGAGCGUCAAGUGCCCCGUCAAGGAGCCCGAAGUGCCGAAAUGUGAGGUGAUUCACGUGGCAAUCGUGUGCGCCGGCUACAACUCGUCUCGGUCGGUGGUGACGCUGAUCAAAUCGAUCCUGUUCUACCGGCGCAACCCUUUGCACUUCCACCUGAUCUCCGACUCGACGGCGCAGGUGAUUCUGCAGACGCUGUUCAACACGUGGAGCGUGCCGCAGGCCGACGUCAGUUUCUACCUGGCCGACAACGUGGUCGGCGACGUCUCCUGGAUUCCCAACAAGCACUACUCGGGCGUCUACGGCCUCCUCAAACUCACGCUGCCGAAGGUGCUGCCCGAGUCGCUGCACAAGGUCAUCGUGCUCGACACGGACGUCACGUUCGCCACCGACAUUGCAGAACUGUGGCGCAACUUCCGCAAGCAGGGACCAAAACAGGCGAUAGGUCUGGUGGAGAACCAGAGCGACUGGUACCUGGGGAAGCUGUGGAAGAAGCACCGGCCGUGGCCUGCGCUGGGUCGCGGCUUCAACACGGGCGUCAUCCUGCUGCACCUGGCCAAGCUGCGCCAGAUGGGCUGGGGACACCUGUGGCGGCUGAUCGCCGAGCGCGACCUGAUGACGCUGCUGUCGACCAGCCUGGCCGACCAGGACAUCUUCAAUGCCAUCAUCAAGCAGCACCCGUACCUGGUGGACACGCUGCCCUGCCAGUGGAACGUCCAGCUCAGUGACAACACCCGCUCGGAGCUCUGCUACACGGAGGUCACCGACCUCAAGGUCAUCCACUUCAACUCGCCCAAGAAGCUCAAGGUCAAGAACAAGCACGUCGAGUUCUUCCGCAACCUCUACCUCACCUUCCUCGAGUACGACGGCAAUUUGCUCCGCCGAGAACUGUUCGGCUGCAACAACACCAAGGCCUCCCUCAAGGAGAAGGAGCUUAGUGAGUUGAACGAAGAAGACCCAUGCUACGAUUUCCGGCGUGCGCGCAUCACCGACUACCGGACGCACCUCUACUUCUUAGAUUACGAUUACGAGCCCUCGGUGGACGGCUUUGACGUCACUCUGGUCGCGCAGCUCUCCAUGGACCGGCUGCAGAUGGUCGAGCAGCUCUGCAAGCACUGGGAAGGUCCGAUUAGCCUGACGCUGUACAUGUCCGACGCGGAGGCGCAGCAGUUUUUGAGUUACGCGCUGAGCUCGGAGGUGCUGAGCGCGCGCAAGAACAUCGGUUACCACGUCGUCUACAAAGAAGGGAACUUCUACCCUGUGAACUUCCUGCGAAACGUGGCGCUGCAGCAGGUCAAUACUCCGUAUGUGUUCCUCACCGACAUCGACUUCUUGCCAAUGUUCGGACUCUACCCGUAUCUCAAAAAGUCCAUUCAGCUGCUCAACCUCGACUCGAGCAAAAAGGCGUUGGUGGUGCCUGCGUUCGAGACGCAGCGCUACCGGAUCAACUUCCCGAAGAGCAAGGCCGACCUGCUGAGCAUGCUGGACAUGGGCACCCUGUUCACCUUCAGGUACCACGUCUGGACCAAGGGCCACAAGCCGACCAACUACGCCAAGUGGAAGAUCGCCACCACGCCUUACAAGAUCGAGUGGGAGGCGGACUUUGAGCCAUACGUGGUGGUGCGUCGGGAUGUGCCCGAGUACGACACGCGGUUCGUGGGCUUCGGCUGGAACAAAGUGUCGCACGUGAUGCGUCUCGAGGCGGAGGAGUACGAGCUGGUGGUGCUGCCGAACGCGUUCAUCGUGCACAUGCCGCACGCGCCCAGCUUCGACAUCGCCAAGUUCCGCAGCUCGGCGCAGUACCGGAAGUGUCUGAAGACGCUCAAGAACGAGUUUGUCAAGGACCUGAAUCGCCAGUUCCACAAGGAGUUCGCCACUGAGGCGUGAAAAUGAAUUGUUAUGUGAUUUCUCUCCCUCGCAACAAAAAAUAACUGUUCAAGUUUUCCUCCCAUUCCGAAAAGAAGUGUAGUCACCGCGCGUUUCUCUCUAUCUCGUGUAGCUUUUAGCUAGAUUUUUAUUCCAUUCAUUGCAGCCUUGCACCGAUCUGAUUUUUGAGAUGGUUAAAUAUAUUUAUUAAUUUAUCAACUUA